AACGCUGCUAGUUAUCAGAGCAGAAUGGGCUGUAGUUUAGUGAAAUAGGAAAGCUGCACAACACCGUGGAGUGUUCCCGUGUAAAUAAAAAGGGGGAAAAAGUUUCUCAAGUCGCCGCUGCACGACGUCGGGCCGGCGCCGGGCGGGGGUCUGCGCUCUCCGGGGACGGCCGCGCGCUGGGCUGGACUGUGCCGCAACGAGCCCCGUCCCCAUUGUUUGUGCUUCUUUCAAAAUAUGGCAAAGGUUCAGGUGAACAAUGUAGUGGUGCUGGACAACCCGUCUCCUUUCUACAACCCAUUCCAGUUCGAGAUCACCUUCGAGUGCAUCGAGGACCUGUCUGAAGACCUGGAAUGGAAAAUUAUCUAUGUGGGCUCUGCAGAAAGUGAAGAAUACGACCAAGUUUUAGACUCUGUUUUAGUGGGCCCUGUUCCUGCGGGAAGGCAUAUGUUUGUGUUUCAGGCUGAUGCACCUAAUCCAGGACUCAUUCCAGAUGCAGAUGCCGUAGGUGUGACAGUUGUGCUAAUCACAUGCACCUAUCGAGGUCAAGAAUUUAUUAGAGUUGGCUAUUAUGUAAAUAAUGAAUAUACUGAGACAGAAUUAAGGGAAAAUCCACCAGUAAAACCAGACUUUUCUAAGCUUCAAAGGAACAUUUUGGCAUCUAAUCCCAGAGUCACAAGAUUCCACAUUAACUGGGAAGAUAACACAGAAAAACUGGAAGAUGCAGAGAGCAGUAAUCCAAAUCUACAGUCACUUCUUUCAACAGAUGCAUUACCUUCAGCAUCAAAGGGAUGGUCCACGUCAGAAAACUCACUAAAUGUUAUGUUAGAAUCCCACAUGGACUGCAUGUGACCACCUCCCAUCUCUUUAGUACAAAUUAAGCUAUUAAAACACACAGAACUAUUUCCCUGAAAUUCUGUAAGUCAUACCCACUAAGACACAAUGUGAAGAAUUUGUUUAAAAACCAUCCUGUAGAAAGUUUAUAAGAAAACCAGUAUUUGAGCAAAUUGUGGAAUAUAAAUACAACUAUUUUUAAGUAAUUUUUUCUCUAAUGUGUUAUUUUAUUCUGAAAUUAAUCUGAUUAAAUCAUAUAUAUUAUUUUCUUCUCUAUAUGUAAUUAAAGCACUUAUAAAGAAAUAUGAAUUAUUGGA